AUGAUGCCAAGAGGCUUUGAUGCGCUACGCGACGCCCAGCGCCUCUGCCAGGGCCAGGGCUUUGGCGAGCAACUCCGUGAUGUGCAAAAGCAGUUCUACGAGUCGGAGAUCGAUUCCACCUGCAACGUCCCGCUGGCCAGAGGCGUUCUCAGAGCAUGGGGGCGCCCAGCAUGCGCGGCAGAAUCUGAAGCCACAGCUGUGGAGUCUUUGCCCGGAGCCGUUGAGCCCGGGUCAGCGACCGCAUCGAUCUCUGCUUCGGAAGCUCCUGUCACUUUGCGGAGCAGGAGGACAAGCGUUGCAAGCAGACUCAGCCAGCGCCGUCUUGAGUCCUUGCAGAUUGAGACCGCUGUUGACACUCCCAAGGAGAAGCAGCGGUACGGCCCGGAGCGCUUCUUCUACGACCCAACAACGUACACGGGUGUCCACAAAAAUGGGCCGCCGACCACCGUGGACAAGGAGCUGGUUCAGCAGAUUGUGCGGGAUCCAUCCCCGCGAAGUCGCUCGGCCUCUGUGGCAUCUCUCUCCCCUCGAGCUCGCGCGGCUUCUGCAUCGAUGACACCCCGAGCUAGUGGCGUCUUCACCAGCUUCAAGCUCGUUUCCCCGGAUGGCGAUUCACCUCGUAGAAGAACCAUUGCAGGGGGAAGCCUAGACGAUAUCCGCUAUGGCCCUGAGCGGUUCUUCUACGACCAGGGCACCUACACAGGCACCCACCGCCACGGCGGCCCUAAGGUGGCGGAGGCCUCGGAGCCCGUGCGGAGGGCCUCCACGAUGACGAUGACACCGCGCUCACCACACAGCGCGCGCGGGUCCACGGUGUCCUUGGCCUCGGAAGCGGGGUCUGUGCCCGGGUCUGUGCGGCUGCGUUCGCCGACUGGUCCUUCAGGUGUCGCCAAGCGAUUGGACCUCAGCCCGAGCAGUCAAGAUGAGACGAAGGAGCCGCAAUCUACGCGAUCCAUGCGCAGCCUGCAGUCCAUGCAGUCGCAAGGCUCCCCGACGAGCGUGGUCUCACCGCGAAACCGCGCAGCGACCGAGACGCCGCGAAGUGCCCGGUCGGCAUCUGUGACAUUCAAGGACUCCUUCCGGUACGGUCCGGAGCGCUUCUUCUACGACUCCAGGACCUACACCGGCGUGCACAAGCACGGGGGCCCCACCACCCUGGACCUACGGGACACAGAUAGCCAGGCCGGCUCCCCACGUGUGGACUCGGCCCGUAGCAGGGCCUGGUCCACGAUGUCUUCGCAGCACCUGACAAGCCUGGAUGCCUGA